GCCCGCGCCCUCUGCCGGCACCGCCGCAACGGCGCGGCCGGGGAGAGGGGACCUGGCCGCGAGCCCCGUGCGCUCCCUCCGUGAGGGGAACGGGGAACGGGGAACGAGCCCCGUGAGCUCCCUCCGUGAGGGGAACUGGCAGCGAGCCCCGUGCGCUCCCUCCGUGAGGGUAACUGGGAAUAAGCCCAUUCUGCCCCUCCGUGAGGGGAACGGGGAACGAGCCCCGUGCGCUCCCUCCGUGAGGGGAACGGGGAACGAGCCCCGUGCGCUCCCUCCGUGAGGGGAACGGGGAACGGGCAAUGAGCCCCGUGCGCUCCCUCCGUGAGGGGAACUGGGAAUAAGCCCAUUCUGCCCCUCCGUGAGGGGAACUGGGAAUAAGCCCAUUCUGCCCCUCCGUGAGGGGAACUGGGAAUAAGCCCAUUCUGCCCCUCCGUGAGGGGAACGGGGAACGAGCCCCGUGCGCUCCCUCCGUGAGGGGAACCGGGAAUAAGCCCCUUCUGCCCCUCCGUGAGGGGAACCGGGAACGAGCCCUGUCCGCCCUCUCCGUGAGGGAAACCGGGAUAGAAUGAGCCUCGUCCGACCCUCCGUGAGGGGAACCGGGGCGGGACUGUCGCAAUUGUGGAAUAUGUCAAGAUUCUCUUAAAGUCAGGAUGUUUUUUGGUGUACGCUCUUUAUGUACUUUUAAGCCUGAUCAGCAAGGGAGGAGACCUAAUGAGUGCAACGGGCAGCAGGAGCAUCCCUUAGUCAAGGACAUCUGGGAAUUAACAAGAUUUAAAGAUGUAGUAAAUCAAGAUGGUGAUGGAUGUCUAUGAAUACAUGGCUAACUUGGCAAAAGACUUAAGGUCUGUGUAUCCUAGAGCUGAACUAUCUUCGUUAUAAUAUUAAAAUCACACUUAUAGGUCAAAAAGACCCUGCCCAGGUGCAGACCCGUCCUUUGAGAAUGUGGAGAAGUGCACUGGGGUUACGUAAUUUGUACGGAAAUUACUAAAUAAUCCUAAUAAUAGAGGGGCUGUACUUGGAAAGGGACUAACUCUGAACUUAUGUGUGUAAAUAAUUUAUGGAUACUACCUCCAGUACAAACUACCAUUAGCAGCACACAAUGUGCACGAAGGGAAACACCGGCACAGGCUGCCCGGGGCACUGGUGGAGUCACCAUCCCUGGAAGUGUCCAUAAAACUUGGCUGUGGCACUUGGGGACAUGGGUUAGUGGUAACCUUGGCAGUGCUGGGUUAGUGGUUGGACUCUGAUCUUAGAGGGCUUUUCCAACCUUAAUUAUUCUGUGAAGAAUGAGAAGGAGAAGAAGGAGUGGUUACCAAAUCUCCAGCAUUCGGUGUUAAUUCUCAAAGAAGGAAAAUACUACUAACACUUUUCAGUUAAUUUGCAGUAUCUGAAGGCAUGAAAAAGCAGGAUACAAGAAUACCUGCUGCUCAAAGGCACUAAUGAGCAGCUAUUAGUUGUUUUGCUAAAUGCUGUAACCCGAGUCUUUGUGGUGCUCACAGGAGACAGCCUGUGGAAGUUGGUUACCUGAUCCUCUGCUGUACCUGAACCUCAUUGUUGCAGCUUUUAAUAACCGAAUAUCCAGACGACCCGUAAAGGUGCCUUUGAGGAAAGAAGGAUGGGAAAAAAGUCGCUAUUCCCAGCUCGAAAUGGGCAAUAAGCAAACCAUUUUCACUCAAGAGCAGCUGGAUGCAUAUCAGGACUGCACAUUUUUCACAAGGAAAGAAAUCCUGAGGCUGUUUUACAGGUACCGAGAUCUGGCCCCUCAGCUCGUUCCCCUCGACUACACAGACAAACCAGCUGUGACACUGCCCUACGAGCUCAUUGCCAGCAUGCCAGAGCUCAAGGACAACCCGUUCCGGCAGCGGAUUGCAGAGGUGUUCUCGGAGCACGGGGACGGCAACAUGACUUUGGAUAAUUUUCUGGACAUGUUUUCAGUGCUAAGUGAAAUGGCUCCCAGAGACUUGAAAGCUUAUUAUGCUUUUAAAAUUUAUGAUUUUAACAACGAUGAUUACAUAUGCAAAUCAGACCUAGAGAAAACUGUUAACAAAUUAACCCGAAAUGAGCUGACCCCAGAAGAAGUCAGCCUUGUUUGUGAGAAGGUGAUUUACGAGGCUGAUGUGGACAAUGAUGGCAAACUGUCCUUGGAAGACUUUCAGCACAUGAUCAUACGAGCCCCAGAUUUCCUCAGCACAUUUCACAUCAGGAUCUGAAUCCAGUGAAACAUGGAUGGAAGCACUUCUGGAACCUUAAAAAACUAUCACUUCAUCCAAGAUUACCAACCAUAAGAGCACAAAAUGAGAGGGGCAAAGAGGACAACUUGUGGUAACUGAACCAGUCAGAAAACUCUUCUUGUUUACCUCUCUUAAAGGAUCAAUUAAUUAAGUUCUGCAUCAAGAUUUCCCUGGAAUUUAACAAAAUGUCUAUUCCCCCCUCAGCUGGAGCAAACCUGGCCUGGACAGUGAGAUGGGAAGUAUUCUUUUAAAGUUCAGAUACCACCAGGUAGAAAAGGAGCUUGUAUAGCUUCGAAAAAUUCCCAAGAAAAUGCCUUAACCAGGAAAAAACCCACUUGAGAAUAGUUUCCAAAACACUGUGAUUAAUCAAAACUGUGUAAGCAACUCUUCUGAUCAUUUAGAGUCUUAAUAAAUGCUCCAAUUAAUCAA